AUGAACAGCAGUGAUCACAGUAACAGCAGUAAUUACAGUAACAGCAGUAAUCACAGGUUCAACGGUAAUAACAGUAACAGCAGUAAAUACGUUAACAGCAGUAAGUGCAGCAGCACCAAUCACAGUAACAGCAGUCAUCACAAUAACAGCAGUAAUCACAGUAACAGCAGCAAUCACAGUAACACCAGUAAGCGCAGUGAUGGCAGUAAUAACAGUUCUGGAUGUGAUAAUAACAGUAACAGCAGUAAUUACUGUAACAGCAGUAAAUACAUGAAAAGCAGUAAGCACGGCAGCAGCAGUAAUCACAGUAACAACAGUAAAUACAUGAACUGCACCAAUCACAGUAACAGCAGUAAAUACAGUGACAGCAGUAAUGACAGUAACAGUAGUAAUCACAGUAACAGCAGUAAGCACGGUAACAGCAUUAAUUAUAGUUAUAGCAGUAAUUACAGUAACAGCAGUAAUUACUGUAACAGCAGUAAAUAUAUGAAAAGCAGUAAGCAUGGCAGCAGCAGUAAUCACAGUAACAACAGUAAAUACAUGAACCACACCAAUCACAGUAACAGCAGUAAGCACAGUAACAGCAGUAAUAACAGCAACAGCAGUAAUUACUGUAACAGCAGUAAAUAUAUGAAAAGCAGUAAGCAUGGCAGCAGCAGUAAUCACAGUAACAACAGUAAAUACAUGAACCACACCAAUCACAGUAACAGCAGUAAGCACAGUAACAGCAGUAAUAACAGCAACAGCAGUAAUUACUGUAACAGCAGUAAAUACUGUAACAGCAGUAAAUAUAUGAAAAGCAGUAAGCAUGGCAGCAGCAGUAAUCACAGUAACAACAGUAAAUACAUGAACCGCACCAAUCAUAGUAACAGCAGUAAGCACAGUAACAACAGUAAAUACAUGAACCGCACCAAUCAUAGUAACAGCAGUAAUCACAGUAACAACAGUAAAUACAUGAACCACACCAAUCAUAGUAACAGCAGUAAGCACAGUAACAACAGUAAAUACAUGAACCGCACCAAUCAUAGUAACAGCAGUAAGCACAGUAACAACAGUAAAUACAUGAACCGCACCAAUCAUAGUAACAGCAGUAAGCACAGUAACAACAGUAAAUACAUGAACCACACCAAUCAUAGUAACAGCAGUAAGCACAGUAACAACAGUAAAUACAUGAACCACACCAAUCAUAGUAACAGCAGUAAGCACAGUAACAACAGUAAAUACAUGAACCGCACCAAUCAUAGUAACAGCAGUAAGCACAGUAACAACAGUAAAUACAUGAACCGCACCAAUCAUAGUAACAGCAGUAAGCACAGUAACAACAGUAAAUACAUGAACCACACCAAUCAUAGUAACAGCAGUAAGCACAGUAACAACAGUAAAUACAUGAACCGCACCAAUCAUAGUAACAGCAGUAAGCACAGUAACAACAGUAAAUACAUGAACCACACCAAUCAUAGUAACAGCAGUAAGCACAGUAACAACAGUAAAUACAUGAACCACACCAAUCAUAGUAACAGCAGUAAGCACAGUAACAACAGUAAAUACAUGAACCACACCAAUCAUAGUAACAGCAGUAAGCACAGUAACAACAGUAAAUACAUGAACCGCACCAAUCAUAGUAACAGCAGUAAGCACAGUAACAACAGUAAAUACAUGAACCACACCAAUCAUAGUAACAGCAGUAAGCACAGUAACAGCAGUAAAUACAUGAACCGCACCAAUCACAGUAACAGCAGUAAUCACAGUAACAACAGUAAAUACAUGAACCACACCAAUCAUAGUAACAGCAGUAAGCACAGUAACAACAGUAAAUACAUGAACCGCACCAAUCAUAGUAACAGCAGUAAGCACAGUAACAACAGUAAAUACAUGAACCACACCAAUCAUAGUAACAGCAGUAAUCACAGUGAUAGCAGUAAUUACAUGAACCGCACCAAUCAUAGUAACAGCAGUAAGCACAGUAACAACAGUAAAUACAUGAACCACACCAAUCAUAGUAACAGCAGUAAGCACAGUAACAACAGUAAAUACAUGAACCGCACCAAUCAUAGUAACAGCAGUAAUCACAGUAACAACAGUAAAUACAUGAACCGCACCAAUCAUAGUAACAGCAGUAAGCACAGUAACAACAGUAAAUACAUGAACCACACCAAUCAUAGUAACAGCAGUAAGCACAGUAACAACAGUAAAUACAUGAACCGCACCAAUCAUAGUAACAGCAGUAAGCACAGUAACAACAGUAAAUACAUGAACCGCACCAAUCACAGUAACAGCAGUAAGCACAGUAACAACAGUAAAUACAUGAACCGCACCAAUCACAGUAACAGCAGUAAGCACAGUAACAGCAGUAAAUACAUGAACCGCACCAAUCAUAGUAACAGCAGUAAGCACAGUAACAACAGUAAAUACAUGAACCGCACCAAUCAUAGUAACAGCAGUAAGCACAGUAACAACAGUAAAUACAUGAACCGCACCAAUCACAGUAACAGCAGUAAUCACAGUGAUAGCAGUAAUUACAGUAACAAUAGUAAUUGCAGUGAUAGCAGUAGGCACAGUAACAGCAGUAAUUUCAGUAACAGCAAUAAUUACAUGAACAUCAGUAAUCACAGUAACAGCAGUAAUUACAGUAUCAGCAGUUACUACAUGAAAAGCAGCAAUUAUAGCUACAGCGGUAAUCACAGAAACAGCAGUAAACGUGUGAGAAGUAGCAAUCACAGUAACAGCAGUAAUCCCAGAGACAGCUGUGCUUACACUAUCAGCAGUAAUCAGAAUGACAGCAGUAAUCACAGUGACAGCAGUAAUUACAGCCACAACAGUAUGCGCAGUAAGAGCAGUAUGUGCAAUAAUAGCUGUAAGCUCAGUUACAGCAGUAAUUACAUGAACUGUGUUAGUGAGGCCCCCUCUGCCCAGCUUUCACUUGUACUGGUUAAUGUUGAGAAACAAACACAUGAAAACUGCUCCUCCUGGUGGUGGUUCAGGAAAUCUUCCCUUUUUUUAAAGUCUCAGAGACAUCAGUUACAUGGGCAGUGUGUUACUGGCCUGGAUUUUCCCAAUGACCAGACAGCUGUUACUCCAUGUGGAAUUGCCAUGGGAAUCUCUAUGGAAUCCCCAUCAGAGCAGACUACAAGAGAAUUUCGCCGGGAAAUUGAAGAUUCUGCUGUGCAAGUCCGCUCGGAAAAUGUUCAGGGAACUGAUGAGCUCAUUUCAGCUGAGUCUGUAAAAUUUCCUCAGGCUAUUGCUGUUAAACACAGUGCUUGGGUUAAAGGAUCAGAAACACAGGUCGUCACCAACAGUUUCCUUGUGACAAACCCCAUGUACCUUGUGGCCCAGGCUACAACUAUUGGACUUGUGCUGCAGGAGUAG